GGAUUUAUGCAUCCGAUAGUUUUUUUUGUUAUACAAUACAGAAAAAGAAGGGGGGGUCAGUCAUCCCCCUCCCCGUUUCCUCGGACAUCUCUACAACUCGACGGUCUUGGCAUACCCGAGAAGCCACAUUGGUCCCGCUUAGCAACAGUAACUAAGGGCUGCGUAGGAAGGGAUAGGGGUCGAAGAAGAACGAAUGUAGCGCAUGCGCAUAUUCAGUGAAGUCUUGAGUCUGGAAAGAGAUUGAAUUAUCGGGCCUUUGGGUCAGGACUCAUUCCUAUCCACCCCUCCCGUUUUUCUGGAAGGAGGAGUGGAGAAUGUAACAGUUAUUGGAAUAUCCCAUGAGCCUCUCUGCAGGGGAGAAGUCAGCGGUAGCCUGCAAACUGGGUGAGUCCAUUGGGAACAGAGGGGGAGACCAUGAAAGGUUUAACUGUAAAUAAUCUUUUGAAGUAAGAGACUCUGUAUAACAAAAGAGAAAACGGAAGCCAGAGAAGAGCAGGUGGCCCAGAGGUAUCAGUUGCUAACAAUAUGCCUACCUUGGACCCGGAACAACUGUUAAUCAGGGAAAUGAGAGAGGAUGAAGCCCCCAUUGUUUUGGAACUUCUGAAGGAUGGAUUCAAAGAUACAGAAAACCGCUUGAUACUUUAUGUGCUGACACGGCCACUAGCCUUAUUACUGAUGGCAGUUGUGAGCAGUGGACUGCGCUUCUUCCUGAACUCCUUUGUGGUGGCCCUUGUGCUGCCAGUACUCCUCACUGUAGUGGCUCUGAAACUUCUACUAUGGCGCUCACCAGACCUUAAACACUUGCAUGCUUAUUACAGUGCAAGCCAUCGUGGGCUGUGGGUGGCUGUUUAUGAUGAUGAUGAUGUGUGUGGCUGUGUGGCUUUGGAGCCUCUUGAUAGAGAGCCUCACACUGCUGAGCUCAAGCGCUUGGCUGUCAGCCGAUGGUACAGGCGCUCUGGUGUGGGUCAGUGCCUCCUUCAUUUUCUAGAGGCACAGGCUCGUGCACAGGGCUUCAAAUUCCUGGUGGCCCAGGUCUCCGUGGUGGCUAAGGCUGCUAUUGGUCUCUUUGAGAACACUGGCUAUAGUGUGAGUGGUGGGCACCCAUGGUUGGGUUACACUGUUCAACAAGAGUUCAUCAAAGAACUUUAGAACUGUAUCUAUUACUUUGGUACCAGUCAAGAUAGCAUGUUUUUGAAUGUUGUUGUUCUUGAACAAAGAAAACACAGAGUUUCAGAAACAGUCUGCAGUUAAAACGAGGCAUUCCAGGUCCUAAGCAGUAGUUAUUAUUAACAUGGUUUCUGCUUAGAAAAGAAAGUGUGGCUGCAAAGCAGAUCAGGAUAGUUUGUGCCUUCUUCCCAGUCUGGCAUAGCAAUCAAACUCUCAUUUGGGAUUUCUGUUCCACAUUAUUCAUUGAUGUUGGAAACAGGAACUGAGGCUCAUUUCCUGUAUCCUCUUUUGGGGUCAGAAUAACUUCACAUUUUAUACAAAGGGAACAGCAAAUUGUAACAGUUGAGAAAAUUUGUGCACGUGUGCUCGUGUAUAUAUGUACAUACAUACAUACAUACAUACAACCAGAGGAUUGUGUGUGUAUAUAUACACACAUGUGCACAAAUUUUCUCAAUAUGUAUAUAAUAAACACACAUACAAACCAACCCAGAGAAUAUACCAAAAGUCAGGCCCUAUAGACAAUUUAUUACAUAAAUUACAUCAAUUGUUCAACUUGAUUGCCUUUUUUCUAAAUCCUUUCUUACUUGUUUUAUGCAUGACUUUUGAACACUCCUAAAUAUAGUAACAUUUUCCCUGGAGGGGAAAAAAACUGAAAUAUACAUAGAGAUUGGCUUAUAGGGCCUGAUGUUUGCAACACCCUUUGUAUAUAUGUAUUUCUCUAUGAAUGCACUUACAUAACAGAAGGCCAUCUGAAAAUUAUUAUUGUUCAAAUAGUCUUUCAGAAUGCACAGAUGAGGAAUUUACAUGCCAGAUUCAUAUUUCACCUGCAAACCAGCCUGAAUGCAUAGGGCAUGUCUAGCUUUUAUCAGAUUACUGUGUAUUUUCUUUGCAAAUUAAUGAUCAGGAUAGUGAAUUCCCAGCAGCUGACCAGUUUCUUAAAUAAGUUAAAGAAAUAUUUUAAGCAUUUUGUUGUACCUUGAUGUCAUACAGACUGGACAGAUCUAGUCAUUUGCAUUCAUUACUUAAUGUAUUUUACAUUCAUUCCCUCACUUAUGUCAGCUGGUAGUGAAUUUAUGGACAAGUUUUCUAAAUCUGUAUUUGCAUGCCUGGGUUGGAGUAUAUUCUCUGAUCCUAGUUCUUAGGGUUAGAGAAAUUUAGUUGUGCAUUCUCUAGACAAUUAAAGUUUCACUUUUAUAAAUUCAGUAAAAUUGAUUUAAGAAAGGAGAAAAUACCUUUUUAAGAUGAGAUUUCAGAAGUUUUUAUACAUUCUGAUAAAAUAUAUUUCAGCUUUAUUGGGGAAAUUGAACAUGAUCCCUGUAGUUCAGAUUAGUUUAAAUUGUGCUCAUUAAAACAGUUGAACUACUAUAGGAUGAGAAUGUGCAUAGCAUCUUUGGAAAUCAUAAAUCCAAGAGCAUAGAGGUAUGCUCUUGUCAUGGAAACUAGUUUAAAUCGUAUAUAUUCAUAUAAUUGAAUUUUCACAGAGUUUGAAGAUAAUAAAAACUGGCUUGAGGUCAUUUUUUAAAAUGAUACAUGUUAAAUAUAUGUAUUUAAUUCAUGUGGCAUAUCCCUACAUCAUAUAGUGUCUUUUGAAGAUAAACUGAUGAAUGGAAUUUUAUGGGUAGAAAUGUAACUGGACAAGGAACAUAGUAUCAGACACAAAAAGGAUUAAGAGAGCACACAUUUGAAUAGUCUUUAAAAGCUUAUUUUUUCUUAGAAUAAGCUAAUAAAUGUUCUGGCAUUCAUGUGCAUGUAACAUAGUUCAGUAUCCAAAUUAGCAAACAAUCCAGACUCAGCUUGGUUCUACGGUGUUAUUUUUCUAACAACCAAGCUGGGUUGACUAGCAAACUAUUUAGGGCUCUUAUUAGCCCAGACAGGAAGUUGAUUUUAUAAAUUCUUGGCUAUAUUCUGGUUCACAAAUGUAUCUUCCUCCAGAUGUUUUUGCCAAAAGAAUUCAAAAAAUUAAAUGAAUCAUGGUCUGUACCCAACUUCUAUAAUGCCGAACUAGAUUUCCAAACUCAUGAGAUGUACAUUGCAAAAGAAUUCAGUGGAAUGGAAAUUUUGUAUGAUCAACAAAAAUGUUUUGUAUAUACAUUUUCUUUUCUUUUUUCUUGCUAGAUUUUUUCCUGCCAAUGCAGAGUCGGCAUUUUUCUGAUCAAUAUUGAUCUGUUGGUUUCAACAAGAAUUGAUCAAUUGGUUUGCCACCUGAGCCUGACAUCAUGAGCUAAGGGAAACUGACUGGUUCAAAGUCACUAAACCAGCUUUCAUGCCUAAAGCAGAACUAGAAUUCAUAGUCUCCUGGUUCCUAAUCUGGAGCUUUAACUAUCAGCUCAAAUUGAUUCCCUGAUUUGUGUGUGUGUGUGUGUGUGUGUUCAUAUACACUCAGUGAAAUAUUAUGACUUGGAGUGAAGAUGAUGUCUUUCAAUUUUAAAUACCCAGUCAUUAGGAACACAGUGUACAGAGAUAUGUUACAUCUGUGUGACGGCCAGGUUACUGGAAGCUGAGUUAUAGUUGUUGGGACCAACAUGUUUUGCCUUUAUUGCAGUAGUGAUUCAGGGGUAGCAAUUUACUUUUUGUAAUAGAAGAAAAACACCAAACCUAUUCAUUGUGUUAGGAAACACUGCAGAGACCAAGAGAAAAGAUCAGGAAUAAGAAUACUAGACAUGGGUCCUUUGACUCAAUAUUUCUAUAUAUGUAGCUCUAUGGUUUUCCCUUUAUGCUCUGACCAGAUGCUCUGUUCUUACUGGAAUCUACUUUGUGCAGAUGGAAAUUUUGCCAAUAUUUAAAAAUAUUGAUAAACUCUGAACUCUCACUAGUCCCCAACUCUCACCCCAUAAAUCCAUAUGGUAGUUAGCAACAAUUAUGGAAUCUUCUAUUUUCAUUAUUUCUCAUUCUAUCUAGUUUGCUUUAAUCUGGUGCACAAUGCUGGCCUUCACUAUAUUUUUGAAAAGGCUUGUCUGUAUUUUUGAUAGAUGUGAAUAAAAGUCAGGUUUAAUGUUGCAGAA